AUGGCAGCACUACAAACAUGCUGGAGACCACGUCCCGUUCUACAAUUCCUCGAAGUACGCAAGUUUCGCCCUCUACUCAUACGCACAUUGAGGACCCGUCCUUCGAGGCCACCUCCAUCGCAACAACCAACUCCAGCGAAGCAAUCCUCCACAGAUUUGCCCCACGAGAAUGGCGCACCACAACAGCCUCCAGCUCCUGCUCUGCAACAGCCGAGUAUCUCUAGCCUUUUGUCUCAAACAGACAGUUCGAACAACAGUCUCCUAGCGCCUGUACAUAUACCAGAAGACCCUCGAGCUAUCCUGAAGACGAGCCACCCCUCUACUGCCCUCCUCGAGCAAUCAGGUCUCGUCGUUCAGCGGCAGAUUGAGAUGAUGAACGUCUUUCUAGGCUUCGAACAAGCAAACAGAUAUGUGAUUAUGGAUCCACAGGGGAACCAUAUCGGAUACAUGGCAGAACAUGAUGGAGGUAUCGCAAAGACGAUGGGCCGACAGUGGUUCCGAACGCAUCGUUCUUUCAUGGUUCAUGUCUUUGGACGUGAUGGCCAAGAGGUCCUGCGCUUUCACAGACCUUUUAGCUGGAUAAAUACCAGGAUAAGAGUGUACGAUCCUGUAGAAUUGGCCAGUAGCUUGACCACAAGCAGCUCUACUGAUGUGGUAAAGAGCAAUGCCGUUGCAGAUGCUGUCACGAAUCAGCAAAUAUCAAGCUUGAAAUUGGAAGAGAUGAAAGUGAUUGGAGAAUGUCAAAGUGAGUGGGCGCCGCUAAGGAGGAAGUACAACUUGUUCCUCGCGCAUGAGCUGCCUGUCAUACAAGAACUUGGACAACAAGCAGUACCAGACGAUCUGUCUGGGCUACAACAGAACCAAGUCAAGAACCAAGAUCAUUUUGCUCAGUUCGCUUACAUUGAUGAGCCAUUUCUCAGCUGGGACUUCUCACUCAAAGGCUCAGAUAACAAGCUCAUUGGUUCUGUGAAUCGCAACUGGGGUGGCUUAGGCCGAGAAUUCUUUACAGAUACUGGCACAUAUGUGCUGAGGAUGGAUGCCGCAGGUCUAGAUCAAGAAGCACAUCAGAGACAUAUUGUUUCUCAAACUCACAAAAAUGAGCCUGCGUAUGCUGAGGCCUUGGGAGGCGAUAGGUUUGGUAUGACUCUUGACCAGAGAGCACUUAUGCUCGCCACUGCUGUUACCGUAGACUUUGAUUAUUUUUCACGUCACUCCAGAGGUGGGGGCAUAAUCCCGAUGCCGUUCAUGAUGGGUGGUGGUGGUGCUACAGAAGGAGGGGCCGCAGCAGGAGGAGCGGCGGCAGGAGGAGCUGCUGAGGCAGGUGCUGGCACUGCGAUUGGAGAGACAGUCUCGGGUGCUGCUAUUGGAACUGCUGGUAGAGGUGUCGCUGGCGCAGCAGGUGCUGGUGAAGGUGCCAUAGCUGGUGCUGGCAGUCUCGCAGGAUACGAAGCCAUGCAAAGAGGUAUGGGCCGUGGUGAUUCCAACAGUCCGCAAUCACCUGAACAGCCAUAUCCUGGCACAGGUGUCAAUGAAUCUGGUUAUGCCGACCAAGCUGAUCCACAAUCGCCUCAAUAUGGAGCAGGUUCAGAAUCUCAAUUUCCUGCUGAACAAGGUGGACAAGGACAAGAAGGAGAUGUCUGGGGUAGUGGCAAUUCUGAUCCAUGGGCAGAUAACAAUGUUGGGGAUGGAGGUGGUGAAGAAGGAGGCAUUGUUUCAAAGUUGUGGGACAUCUUUGGGGGAGGUGGUGAGUAG